AUGGACACAACCUCACAAGAUGUAGUGAGUCACAUCCCUGCUUCUGACGACUCCCUCGAUUCAAGCCAAGCACGAGAUGUUCCCGAGCGAGACACUCCUGAGGAACCCGAGGCGCGCGUGUUCAACAUAUGCGGCCUUUGCAAGUUCCGCUUCCAUGAAGGUCAGGCCAUCAUUACUGCUUACUGCUUAAGCGAAUAUGCAACGAACCUUCACCUAGAUGCCUGGCAAAGCCGACAUCCUAGUGACCCUGAAGAUGAUCUCACACUGCCCCUUUCCAACGGCCAAACUGUCUGGGCCCAGUACGUUGAGAUCGAAGGUUGCAACUACGUCAAGUCUCUGUCAACCGUUCGCAUGAACGAGGAUGAUACAAUGGCUAUUACGGCCAAACAAAAUUUCGACUCUUCGAUGGAGUUAGGGAUGUACUUCGCCGAAGAUAGUUUGGGAGUACGCAGCGUCAUUGCUUGUUUGGAUGAUGAGAUUUGGGGUACUGAGGAACCUGGUCUUCGAUGGGCCUACAUUCCUCGUAGAGCUUACAACCUCCCACUUUAUAUCAGGAUGAACUUUGACGGCUUCAAGCUGCGCACUUUGGAUGUCACCCAACGCGAAAGAGAAUACUAUGUUCAACGAACACGCUGGGCCAUGUUCCCCAGAGACCUUAGCUACCUGGGCCUGCGCGCUCUCGACGACAAUAUGUUCGUAAGUAGUGACAGGGCAGUAGUCCAUGCGGUCGACUGGAACCUGCCUGGAGUCUCCGGUUGUGUCAUUGACCUACGAUGCAGCCGUAUUUACUCCAUCAUUCCCUAUAGGGCAGGGAGGUUACCUCCUGCCCUCAUUGAUGCUUACGAUAAUGCUAGAUUAACGUGGCUUUAUCUUCCUGUUGACCCUGACGAAAAGAUCUCCGAGCUAUGGCUUCGCUCAGGAGAUUUCCCGAACCAUGAUGAUGCCUUGAUUCGAGCCGAGUCUCAUAGUAUGCUAUAA